UAAUAUAUACAUAUUUCGCCAAUAUAAAUAGCGACGGAAUUAAAACACUUUACUUUGUCGUGAAUACGUGAAGCAUCUCCAACACAAUGAAAUUGUUAGUCGUCUUAUGUUUCGUGGCUGUUGCCUGUGCAGCUCCUUUUGAAGGUCCUCAGGUAGUUAGCUACGAAAAUGAUAACAUUGGAACUGGAGACUAUAGAGUUCGGGUUGUACAAUCUGACGGCACAGAACAGGAAUCAGUCGGCGUGCUAAAGAACGGCCCUUUAGGGGAAUCUACUGUGGCAGUUAAGGGAUCCUACUCUUGGGUAGCUCCUGAUGGCUUAAGAUAUGUUGUUACAUAUGAAGCUGAUGAACUGGGAUACCGUUCAACCAUUGACAAAAGCGUAAACCAACAAACGAAAUAUACCGUUGCCUAAUUUCCGUACUGAC